GGCGGGGGUGCCCGCUCUCCCGGAAACAGCGCCGGCCGGCGGCAGAGCGGUGGCGGCUGCCGCGGUGGGAAGUCGCUCGUGGUCCUGCGCCCUCGCCGCACGCCGAGUGGGUCGGGACGGCGUGGCGGGAGGCAUGGAAGCUGUGCCCCGCGAGGAGAAGCCCAACCCGCUGCAGGAUGCCAACUUCUGCUCCCGGCUGUUCUUCUGGUGGUUGAAUCCCUUAUUUAUUACUGGCCAUAAACGGAAGCUUGAAGAAGAUGAUAUGUAUAAAGUGCUGCCAGAAGAUUCCUCAAAGAAACUUGGAGAGGAAUUGCAGUGGUACUGGGAUAAAGAGGUGCAAAAAGCAAAGAAGAGAGGGAAAACGCCACAUUUAACAAAAGCCAUUAUUCUUUGUUUCUGGAAGUCCUAUUUAGUUCUUGGAGUUUUCACAAUGAUUGAGGAAACCAUCAAAGUAGUUCAACCAGUUAUUUUGGGAAAAAUUAUUAAUUUUUUUGAAACCUAUGAUUCCUCAGAUGAGGUAGCUUUGAAUUUUGCAUAUUGUUAUGCAGCUGCUCUGUCUGUGUGCACACUUAUUCUAGCUAUAAUGCACCACUUGUACUUCUAUCACGUACAGCGGGCUGGCAUGAAGCUGAGGGUAGCCAUGUGUCAUAUGAUUUAUCGGAAGGCACUUCGUCUUAGUAAUGUAGCUAUGGCAAAAACUACCACGGGUCAAAUAGUAAAUCUUCUGUCAAAUGAUGUGAACAAAUUUGAUCAGGUAACAAUUUUCUUGCACUUCUUGUGGGCUGGACCAAUUCAAGCUGUAGCAGUAACAGUACUUCUCUGGAUGGAAAUAGGGCCAUCGUGUCUUGCAGGAAUGGCAGUUCUGAUUAUUCUUCUUCCUGUCCAGACCUGCAUUGGGAGGCUUUUUUCUUCCCUCAGAAGCAAGACAGCUGCCUUAACAGAUGUCAGGAUUAGGACCAUGAAUGAAGUGAUAAGUGGUAUGAAGAUAAUAAAGAUGUAUGCUUGGGAAAAGUCAUUUGCGGAACUUGUGAAUGGUUUAAGAAGGAAGGAGAUCUCCAUGGUUAUGAAAAGCUCCUACCUUCGCGGACUGAACCUGGCCUCUUUUUUUGUGGCAAGCAAAAUAACAGUGUUCAUGACUUUCAUGGCAUAUGUACUGCUUGGAAAUAUUAUCUCUGCAAGUCGGGUAUUUGUUGCAGUGUCCCUGUACGGUGCAGUGAGACUGACAGUAACUCUGUUCUUCCCUUCGGCUGUUGAAAGAGUAUCUGAGGCAGUGAUUAGCAUCCGACGAAUCAAGAACUUUCUGAUGCUUGAUGAGGUCUCACACUUCAAGCCACAACUGCAUGGUGAUAAUGAGAAUAUCAUUCUUCAUGUUCAGGAUUUGACUUGCUAUUGGGACAAGAGUUUAGAAACACCAGCCCUUCAACAAAUUUCGUUUACUGUCCGACGAGGGGAACUAUUGGCUGUGAUUGGACCUGUAGGAGCUGGAAAAUCUUCUCUCUUAAGUGCUGUGCUUGGUGAGCUGCCUAAAGACAAAGGUUUGAUAAAUGUUACAGGAAGAAUCGCCUAUGUUUCUCAGCAGCCUUGGGUGUUUUCUGGCACAGUAAGAAGUAAUAUACUGUUUGACAAGGAAUAUGAGAAAGAAAAAUACGAAAAAGUUUUAAAAGUCUGUGCUCUUAAAAAGGACCUGGAAUUAUUAGCAAAUGGUGACCUAACAGUAAUAGGAGAUCGUGGAGCUACUCUGAGCGGGGGACAGAAGGCCCGUGUAAACCUGGCCAGAGCUGUGUAUCAAGAUGCAGACAUCUAUCUUUUGGAUGAUCCACUGAGUGCAGUAGAUGCCGAAGUCGGAAGACAUUUGUUUGAAAAAUGUAUUUGUCAGGCCUUACAUCAGAAGAUCUCUGUUUUGGUCACUCACCAGUUGCAAUACCUCCGUGCUGCAAAUCAGAUUCUAAUUUUAAAAGAUGGUAAAAUGGUGGGGAAAGGUACCUAUGCAGAGUUCCUGAGAUCUGGCAUCGACUUUGCUUCCCUUUUGAAAAAAGAUGAGGAGAUAGAACCUCCAUCAGUUCCAGGAACCCCCAACCUGAAGUCUUCCCGGAACCGAACCUUCUCGGAGUCCUCUGUCUGGUCCCAGGAUUCAUCUGUGCACUCACAGAAAGAUGGAGCAGUGGAACAACCACCUGGUGAAAAUACAGUGGCUGCAGUGCCAGAGGAGAGUCGCCAUGAGGGAAAAAUUGGCUUUAAAAUUUACAGAAAAUAUUUUACUGCAGGAGCAAACUACUUUGUGAUUUUUAUACUCAUAGUAUUCAAUAUUCUGGCACAGGUGGCCUAUGUGCUCCAGGACUGGUGGCUUUCUUACUGGGCAAAUCGUCAAGAAAAGCUGAAUCUCACAACAAAUGGAAAUAAUGGAACAAAUGGGACAGAACAUCUGGACCUUAACUUUUAUUUGGGAAUUUAUGCAGGUUUAACAGUGGCUACAAUACUAUUUGGCAUAAUCAGAAGUCUUCUGGUAUUUCAAGUUCUUGUCAAUUCUGGUCAGAAUUUGCACAACAAAAUGUUUCAAUCCAUUUUGAAAGCUCCUGUCUUGUUUUUUGACAGAAAUCCUAUAGGAAGAAUCUUAAAUCGUUUCUCCAAAGAUAUUGGUCACCUGGAUGACUUGCUUCCCUUGACGUUUUUGGACUUCGUGCAGACUCUCCUACAGAUUUUUGGUGUGGUGGCUGUGGCUGUGGCAGUGAUUCCUUGGAUACUCAUCCCCUUAAUUCCACUAUUUAUUCUUUUCAUUUUUCUUCGACGAUAUUUCUUAGACACUUCAAGAGAUAUUAAACGUCUAGAAUCCACAACUCGAAGUCCAGUGUUCUCCCACUUGUCGUCAUCCCUCCAGGGUCUAUGGACUAUUCGGGCUUUGAAAGCAGAGGAAAGAUUUCAAAAAUUAUUUGAUGCACACCAAGACCUCCACUCAGAGGCCUGGUUUCUGUUUUUGACGACCUCAAGGUGGUUUGCUGUGCGUCUGGAUGCCAUCUGUGCCAUUUUUGUUAUAGUGGUUGCUUUUGGUUCCCUGCUUCUCGCCAACACUCUGAAUGCGGGGCAGGUUGGUUUGGCGCUAUCCUAUGCAAUCACCCUCAUGGGAACAUUCCAGUGGGGUGUUAGACAAAGUGCUGAAGUUGAAAACCUGAUGAUAUCAGUAGAACGAGUAAUGGAAUACACAGAACUUGAGAAAGAAGCUCCGUGGGAGACCAACAAACAUCCUCCACCGGAAUGGCCUAACCAAGGAAUGAUAGCAUUUGAAAAUGUUAACUUCACUUACAGUCUAGAUGGACCUUUGGUCUUAAGACAUUUGUCUGUUGUAAUUAAACCAAGAGAAAAGGUUGGAAUAGUGGGAAGAACUGGAGCUGGGAAAAGCUCUCUGAUAGCAGCCCUCUUUCGCUUGGCGGAACCUGAAGGAAGGAUUUGGAUUGAUAAGUACUUGACAUCAGAGCUAGGACUCCAUGACUUGCGGAAGAAAAUUUCAAUUAUACCUCAGGAGCCUGUUUUAUUCACUGGAACUAUGAGGAAAAACUUAGAUCCUUUCAAUGAAUACACUGAUGAAGAGCUGUGGAAUGCCUUGGAAGAGGUGCAACUGAAGGAGGUUGUGGAAGAUCUACCUAAUAAAAUGGAGACGCAGCUGGCAGAAUCUGGGUCUAAUUUUAGUGUUGGUCAGAGACAGCUGGUGUGUCUUGCCAGAGCAGUUCUAAAAAAAAAUCGUAUUCUUAUCAUCGAUGAAGCAACAGCGAAUGUGGACCCAAGAACAGAUGAGUUCAUUCAAAAGACGAUCCGUGAAACCUUUGCUCACUGCACAGUGCUGACCAUUGCACACCGCUUGAACACCAUUAUUGACAGUGAUAGGAUUAUGGUUUUAGAUGCAGGAAGACUGAAAGAAUAUGGUGAACCUUACAUUUUGCUUCAAGAACAAGACAGCUUGUUUUAUAAAAUGGUGCAACAAGUGGGCAAGACUGAAGCAGCUUCUCUGUUUGAAACAGCAAAACGGGUAUACUUCAGUAAGAAUUACCCAGAAGUUGUUCAGAAUGGUCAGCUUGCCACAGACUCGUCCUUGGAUCCUUCCUCAGGAUUUUGUGUAACCGAAACUGCACUGUGAUUCCUAAUAGCCUUAACUGUUUUCUAUGGAAUGUAAACCUGAGAUCAUCUAAACUCAGCGACAAUGUUUGCAAGUGUCAACAGGAGAGGAAAGGGAGUGGGUGAUUCUUUGCACUGGACAUCCUUCUUAUUUAAUACUGAGAAGAAAAUUUUUACUGUCCGUUUCUUUAAUUUCAGUGCAAUAUGUUUUCCUUUCCAACUAAUAAUGUUUGUAUUGCUAAAGAAAUUAGGCAGAUUCAGUUUUUAUUUGAAAGUUGUGUGGUAGAGAUCUCUUUUAUUUAAACAGGUGCAGGACACCUAAGUCUAGAGUGCAUAUUUGGAGCCUAUUAAAAUAAUUGGAAUGUGUCCUUUUUUUCUUUUAGAGAUAUUUUGAGAGCAAGCAAAACCAAAAUUUUUUCAGUGUCACUUUUGUCAUGACAUCUGUGUCUAAACAGCAGAUUUGGUAGUGUGCGACUUAGUUAUCUAGAGCAACUGUUUUUCUCCCUGCUAUAAGUAGCUAUGCAGGUUGAUAGAAAAAAGAAGAAGCCAAAAAUACUUUUUGUUUUUGAUAGCAAAAAAAGUACUCUAUACUUAUUUUUUGAUAAAUAGUUCAAAUAACGCUGUUCAAGAUGAGUGUAAAUACUAGUUUUAUUUUGCUAAAAUCCAAAUACUGAAAAAUCAAUCUCAGUCUUCUGUACUAUAGAAGAAAAUUACCACAUUUGCACUGAAGAAAUAUUUAAAUAAUUUAACAUACGUUCCUCUUUUUAUCCAGGUUAUCAGAGAAAAAAAGGUAUUAAAAUAACUUGAGGAAAUGUUUGAAUGACAUGUCAUUAUACCUUAAUACCAUGUAGUACAAAGUUAUCUUCAACACAACACAUUGAAAUGUAUACAUUAUUUGCAUUUAUUGUGCCUUAAUAUUUGUGCCUUCAAGCCAAAGCUGUAACUGCAGGGUACACAACAAAUUCAUUAAACAUAUGUUAAAAAUAUGUAACCUUAGUAUGUUUAAAGUUUUGCAUUAGGGGUUCUGUUGAACUUAAGCUGUUUGAAGUUACCAUCCUGCCAGAAUAGGUAGGAAAGUACGACCUGUAGUUUUGAAUGGCUGUUGCUGAUGGUGAGAGGAAUGCAGUGAGAGAGAGGGGUUCAAUAUUCAUAAGUUAUGUCCUGAUUCAGCAAAGCACUUUAACACAAAGGCACUUUCCCCAUGUUUGAAAUAUAAAUCAAGCAAGUGCUGUGCUGCUUCAGAUUUUUUCAAGUUUAGUGAGCUACUCUUUGAGGUUCAGUAGAAAAUGCAUCUAUUCAUCUUGCUGUUUAAAGGGCACAGGAGAGACUAAAAGGCAAGAGAUCUCUUCAGGACAUGGUAAAUACUGUGCUUUUUAAAAAAUACUGAAGAUGCUUGCUAUUACCUUUGUAAUGCCAAACAAUUGUUAUUUACCCAGUGUUUGCCCAGUGGUCUAUAAGUAAGGCAAGCACAAAUAUUUCUCAUUUCAAGCAAUUCUACCAGAAAGUAAUUGAAUCAAAUACAGAGUUACCCUCUCAAGUAAAUUGAGGCCAAAGCCUGUGCCUGAGCACUAUCUCUCAUCUACAAGGACUUUUUCCUGCUCAGGAACCAGUCCCAUGGUGAGAGGCAGAAUCCUUGUUCCCCUGUUGCAGCAUCUUCCCUGCACUGUGGUUUGCUGUCCUACUGUGAGAUCCCAGGAGAGGGGGGAUCCUACCUGCAGUGCCACCAGCCAGGUAGAAGGGGGACAGGGGUGCUUUGGGCGUGGUGGAACAAACAUCAGAUAUCUGAUUUUGCUAGUAACAUCCUCUCACAUCAUUAGACAUUGUUAGGAGGAAGUUACAAAAUGAGAUGCUCUUGUCCCUAGCCUUUUUUUGUCAAGUCCUAACACUUCUUUUGUUGUGUGUAGCAGCUUACACUGUAACAAAUUCCACCAAGAUCAGUGGAACUGAACUUAACACAGCGAUGUGCAGCACGAGGCUUGUGCUACAUCUGGUGAUAAAUAUCAGACAGUCAAGGGCAGCUACCAAUCCCCAAAGCCAUAUGACACAGAUGGGCUCAUGUAAGGAGUGCUUAUGGCUAAUCCUUCUUAGAACACACCAGCCACGUCCACUCUUCUGUACUGCUGGUCCUUGGUCUUCUCUGGGCUCAUGCAGUCCACUUAUGAUCCUAACACACAAUUAUCUCAUGUUUCGUUGUGAUUUUCUUUUCAAUUAAAGUUGUCUGAAUUAAAGAUAGGACUGUUCUGCA